UAUAAUAAAGUGUCUUAUGAGAGAGGGAGCGCAUUUUUCACGCUCAUUUGUCAUUGAAAUGAACGUUAUACCUGACGGAGCCGCGCGCGCAUCAUAAUCGAUCCUAUCCGGAUCGAAUGGCUGAAUUUGAACGAAAGUACAGAGACAAAUUUGUGUGAGAGAUGCGCACACGGGUCCGUCUUCUCACGAGCAAGCAAGAGCCGGAGAAAAGAAAGAGGGAGAAAGAGAGAGAGAGCGAUUUGCAAUAGCUCCGUCGCAUCUCAUAGGUGAUGGGUCGAGGCAUCGAGUGGGGCCCAGGCUGGCCCGUAUAAAAGGGGGCUUCAAGACAUCCGCGGAGCAUCAGUCCUCAAAUCAAGGAACGGCAGCAACCAUGAGGGCAUUCCUGAUCCUGGCGCUCGUCGCGACGGCGAUGGCGCGGCCGGAAGCCGGAUAUUCUUACAGUCAGCCGAGCAGUAGCUACGGUGCCCCUGGUGGUGGUGGUGGUGGUGGUGGUGGUGGUUUCGGCGGAUCCGGUGGAGGACUCGGCGGAAUCGGUGGCGGCGGACUCAGCGGCGGAGGAUUCGGUGGCGGACUCGGCGGUCUUGGUGGCGGCGGACACGGCGGCGGUCUAGGAGGCGGCUUCGGCGGCGGCGGCGGCGACUUCGGCGGCGGCUUCGGCGGCGGCUUCGGCGGCUUCGGCGGCGGCGGCGGCGGCGGCUCGCUCAUCCAGAAACACAUCUACGUUCACGUGCCACCCCCGGAAGCGCCCGAGGACAGGCCGCUCAGGCCGAUCGCGCCGCCGGCCCCGGCGCAGAAGCACUACAAGAUCAUCUUCAUCAAGGCGCCGACUCCACCGACCCCGACCGCGCCUGUGAUCCCGGCUCUACCACAGCAGGAUGAGCAGAAGACGCUCAUCUACGUCCUGGUGAAGAAACCCGAGGAGGCGCCCGAGAUCAGUCUGCCCACCAUCACGCCCACUCAACCCAGCAAACCGGAAGUCUAUUUCAUCAAGUACAAGACGCAGAAGGAAGUCACCGGUGGCGGCGGCGGCGGCGGAAUCGGCGGCGGUCACGGCGGAAUCGGCGGCGGAAUCGGCGGCGGUGGACUCGGCGGUGGCGGACUCGGCGGCGGCGGACUCGGCGGCGGCGGACUCGGCGGCGGUGGACUCGGUGGCGGACUCGGCGGCACCGGUAUCGGCGGCACCGGACCUAGCGGACCCAGCACGAAUUACGGGCCACCCGGCGGGUCCGGGCCAUACUAGUCAAUUCACCGCUACCCCAAAAGUCGCGGCCCCUCCGUCCUUCUUCUCCCCCAUCAUUCACCGACACACACGCACACACCGCUCAACACAUACCUCCGACAGGAUCAGCGACGACGAUACUCGCCGUAUUGACGUAUCGCUGUGUUGCAUAUCGCGCGAUCGCCGAGAUAAGAAGAUGUCAAUGAUGAUGAUGAUGAAGACGGCGAUGAUGAUGACGAUGUUGAAUACGAU